CCAGGCUUUAGCACCCGGAGCUCAACAAGCAGGCCUCUCCAACAAAUCGCUGACUGCUGAGCUGCGAAUUACUGUGUAUUUUCUCGCGGGCGCACCCAGCAUCAUCUUCACACUCCACAAGUUAGACCACCGCCAGAUUCACCUCGACAACUUUUUCUCGCUCGGUGUUGGUGUCUUUCGCUGAAUUUCAACCGACAGUCUCUCUUCCAUCCCUCCCUGUCUACCACACAUUCAACACUCACUAUUGCCCGAAUUUCGUGAAGACUCUCCUCAAGACUCUCCUACAAUGCCUUCUGCCAGCGGGCCUGCGCCCCUCUCCAAUGGGCUGCCCAAAGUCAACGUCCCAGAUGGCAACAACUCUCCUGGGUCAGAGACACCAUUCUCUGCCAACGACAACAUCCGUCGAUUUGACCCCCCUUCGAGGGUUCUGAGCCCUGUCCAACAUGCCCUCUUCCACAACAAGACGAGAUGUUUUGUCUAUGGUAUGCAGCCAAAGGCCGUCCAGGGCAUGCUCGACUUCGACUUCAUUUGCAAGCGAACGACUCCUUCCGUUGCAGGUAUCAUCUACACAUUUGGCGGCCAAUUCGUCAGCAAAAUGUACUGGGGUACCAGCGAAACUCUGUUGCCAGUCUAUCAGUCCGUGGACAAGGCUUUCGAGAAGCACCCAGACGUGGACACGAUCGUGAACUUUGCCUCUUCCCGAUCAGUCUACAGCUCAACUAUGGAGCUCAUGAACAUUCCCCAAGUCCGCACCAUUGCCAUCAUCGCAGAGGGUGUCCCUGAGAGACGUGCCCGUGAGAUCAUGAUCAAGUCAAAAGAGAAGGGAAUUACCAUCAUCGGACCUGCCACAGUCGGUGGUAUCAAGCCGGGUGCGUUCAAGAUUGGCAACACUGGUGGUAUGAUGGACAAUAUCGUGGCCUCGAAGCUUUACCGCAAGGGUUCCGUUGGUUAUGUCUCAAAGUCUGGUGGUAUGUCCAACGAACUCAACAACAUCAUCUCUCAAAACACCGACGGUGUGUACGAGGGUAUUGCCAUUGGUGGUGACAGAUAUCCUGGAACCACCUUCAUCGACCAUCUGAUGCGCUACCAGAACGAGCCUGAAUGCAAGAUUCUGCUUCUUCUAGGUGAAGUCGGUGGUGUCGAAGAGUACAGAGUGAUUGAGGCGGUCAAGAAGGGCCAAAUCACCAAGCCCAUCGUGGCCUGGGCCAUUGGUACCUGCGCUAGCAUGUUCAAGACUGAGGUUCAAUUCGGUCACGCCGGUGCCUCCGCCAACUCCCAACUCGAGACUGCUGUUGUCAAGAACCAGUCGAUGAAGGAAGCUGGAUUCUUUGUUCCCGAUACUUUCGAAGAGAUGCCCCAGGUCCUUGCCGAGGUCUACCAGAAGCUCGUCAAGCAAGGCACGAUCAAGCCUGCGCCAGAGCCAGUUCCUCCCAAGAUCCCCAUCGAUUACGCCUGGGCCCAGGAAUUGGGCCUUAUCCGAAAGCCGGCCGCUUUCAUUUCCACCAUUUCUGACGACAGAGGCCAAGAGCUGCUCUACGCCGGUAUGCCAAUCUCUGAUGUCUUCAAGGAGGAUAUCGGUAUUGGUGGUGUCAUGUCUCUCCUGUGGUUCCGUCGCCGGUUCCCUCCUUUUGCUAGCAAGUUCUUGGAGAUGGUCCUCAUGUUGACUGCCGAUCAUGGUCCGGCCGUGUCUGGUGCCAUGAACACCAUCAUCACAACCCGUGCUGGCAAGGACCUGAUCUCCUCGCUUGUUGCCGGUCUUCUCACCAUCGGUUCCCGCUUUGGUGGUGCCCUUGAUGGUGCCGCCGAGGAGUUCUCCAAGGCCUUUGACAAGGGCUGGUCUCCCCGUGAAUUCGUCGACACCAUGAGAAAGGAGAACAAACUUAUCCCUGGUAUCGGCCAUCGUAUCAAGUCCCGAAACAACCCUGAUCUCCGUGUGGAGCUCGUGAAGGAGUACGUCCUGAAGCACUUCCCCUCUCACAAGUUGCUCGACUAUGCCAUCGCUGUCGAGACUGUCACCACAUCCAAGAAAGACAAUCUCAUCCUUAACGUCGACGGCUGCAUUGCAGUAUGCUUCGUUGAUCUGAUGAGAUCGUCUGGCAUCUUCAGUUCUGAGGAGGCUGAGGACUACAUGCGCAUGGGCGUCCUCAACGGUCUGUUCGUCCUGGGUAGAUCUAUCGGUUUGAUUGCCCAUUACCUUGAUCAAAAGCGCCUCCGAACUGGACUUUACAGACAUCCUUGGGAUGAUAUCACUUACCUUCUCCCAACCUUGGCCAAGGGUGGCAGUGGUGAAGGCAGAGUUGAAGUUUCUAUGUAAAGCGAUUGGAAAAAGAAGUUUUGGGGCGUCUGUGAAGGCAGCAGUUGUUGCACCACGUCUUGGCUUUGCAUGGAGCAGGUCGUGGCUCGGCGUUAUAAAGACUUGGGCGAGUUCGAACGGGGGUCUGAAAGGCUGAGUGUUUGUCAAUGUCUGUAGGUAACGAACGGGCUCAUGAUGAGAAAGACCAAAAUUUUAUGUGUUUUGUCUUGGUUGGAAGGUGCAAAUAAUUAGUGUACAACACUAUAAGGCACGGAUCAGAGUAUGUUUUUCAGAAUAUGACCAUGAUGCACCGAUCAAA